UUUGUUGUUAACUAAAAGUAAAUGACCUACAAGUACAAGCACCCGUUAGAAGUGUCCUGCGACCUAAAACUAGUCAGAGGUCCGAUCACGGAAAAUUUGUACUGUGAACGGCAACGUAGGCGACGGCGGCGGCGGCGGCAGCAGCAGCAGCGCCACUGACGAGCGCGGCCAGUCUCCGUCCUCGUCCACUUCUCCUCCGGCGUGUCCUCCCACUCUGCUCGAAUUGAGCCUUCUCUUCUCUCUGAGGGAGGACGACGACAGAGCCUUCGAAUUCAAAUUCUCUCAGUCUCCGUCUGCAAGCAAUUCAAACGGAUGAUGUCCGACUCAAGAGCGCUGGUGGUUCUGGAUGACAACCAAGUCCCCAAGGAUGAAGCGCCUAACGGGGGCCAGUCCGCCGAAGAGUUGAUACUCUACGGCUCUAAGAAACUUCAAGAUGAUCUAGAGUCGCUGGGCCUGAGAAUCAAGCAGCACGAGGAGAACAUAAGGUCCCUCAAGGCUCAGAAAUCCAAACUAGAUGAUGCUAUUCUCGAUAAGCAAGUUCUAUUGGGCAACUAUCAUUCUCGAGCCGAAUCUAAGAUUUCAGAUGGUGGCGUUUUCCAACCUCCGAGUGAGGACGGCACAGUUGACCAGGUUCUUCGCCAUGAAAAACCGGCUGCUGGCCUUAUAUGCCAGCUGGAGGCCGAGGAAGUAGGCGAACCUUGUCAUCGAGUGAUGGUCAAGGAUGUGCUCGGGGUUGUUGCUGCUCUAGGCAAAGUUGUGGAUGCUACCCUUGGCAGCUUUCUUGCGGAGUAUUUGGGGGCAGAUACCAUGCUGGCAGUCGUUUGCAAGACUUAUGAAGGUGUCAAGGCUCUGGAAACUUAUGAUAGUGAAGGAUGUAUAGAUAAAAGUUCUGGUCUUCAUGGGCUUGGAGCUUCUGUUGGAAGGCCCAUAAAUGGAAGAUUUAUGGUGAUCUGCUUGGAGAACUUAAGACCAUACACUGGAGACUUUGUAUAUGAUGACCCGCAAAGAAAACUUAAUCUUUUGAAGCCGCGGCUACCUGAUGGGCAGUGCCCGGCUGGUUUCCUUGGUUUUGCUGUAAAUAUGAUCGAAAUGGAAGCAACCCAUUUGCAAUACUUGACAGAAUAUGGCCAUGGCCUUCGGGAGACUUUGUUCUAUCAUCUUUUCCGCCGGACUCAAGUUUAUAAAACAAGGGCAGAGAUGAUGAACGCUCUCCCUUUUAUAAAUGAUGGAGCUAUUUCCUUAGAUGGUGGGGUGAUUAGGGGUCCUGGUGUGUAUCCCCUCGGUGCCCAGGAAGAUGUGCCUGUGCGGUUUUCAAUUGCCUCCGGCUCUAAAUAUCCUGUCCACUACUACGAAACGGAGAAAGAGAUGAAGGACUUGAAAUGGAAAAGAGAGAAACUCCUAGAAGAUGUACAAAGAGAAAGGCAACUUUUAGAUCAUGCAAAGCUGCAUUUUGAGCGGAAGAAACAAGAAUUUGUCAAGUUCCUGGCCCACAGCUCUACUUAUGCUGCUGCUCAGCAACAAGUUCAGAUGGGAAGAGAUCCGUUAACCCCAAGGUGUUCUCCUGCUCCAAAUAAUGGUACUUAAAACCAACCAGAGGCCAAGACUGCAAUCAGUUUCUCAGUUUGGUAAGUCGACCUAGGGUUUCAGCAGCAAUGUUUUUUGGGCCCGCUGAUAGAUAACUUUAUAACUAGUGAUAUCCGAUGCUCCGCUAAAUGUGUAUUCUGGGGACUUUCCUGUUGGUUGGCUUAUCAGUGGGGGGGCAUUGUACGCGGAUAGCUACAAAUAGUUUGGAGCCAGUCUCUGUUGGACCAAAAACACAUCACCCUGUUUAUUCUCUUGUUCCCUUUUCGGCACGUCGUGGGGAGAUAAAUGCACCUUAAUAUCGAUGUAAAACCUUCAAUAGAAUUAGCGGUUUAAUUUUUCACUUAAUUUUUUUGGGAGUAA